UCUUCUUCUUCUUAUCUUUUUUUUGCCCACCUUGUAUCUCAUCCUCGAGACUCCCUUCUUCUCUUUUCUUUUACGGUACCUAUUCCGCAAUCCAGAACACCCUCUUUCACCAACCACCACGCGCUGGUAACCGAUCAAAUAACAGCGCAUUCCCCAGCUGGCUCUGAUAAUUUGCGCGCACCGUCCAUGUCGUCAUGUCCCCUCAUGACAACGCGGACCGUCAGUCAGAACCCGUCGCGAAUGCGGUGACCGCGAUGAAGCUAGACCCUGACGCAACUCCCGAUACUCCGAUACUCAACGGCGCCGGAGCCAUGAGCAAGCACGACUUCGACGCGGCCUCGGACGCCUCCUCUCUUGCAGGUCCCAAGGACACCUACGCGCUGUCGGCAUUUCAGUCAACCUCGCGGCCUACCUCUCGGUCGCCGGUCAAGAAUGAGCCGGAGGACGAUUACGAUCACAACCAAGUCAGCGACGAAGCAAAGUUUGAAGCCACGGAGACGGCCCAGCCAGACAACAUGGAGGAAAAAGUUGGAGGUGACAUCUCGGUCAAACUCGAACCGGGCCAGCCUCCCAAAUUGACACGAAGUUCCUCGCAAAAGGUUGCGGCAAGACCACCACAGCUAUUUUUACAUCUGCCGAACAGCACGGCGCAGGCAGAGGAGACUUUUGAGGUUAUGGAUGCUUGCACAUAUGCCAAUAAGUACAUGGGCUAUACUGAGCAUGCGAUGGAAUGCGACUGCGCGGAAGAAUGGGAACCCGCGAUUGCUAAGAAUUUGGCUUGUGGGGAGGAUUCGGACUGCAUCAACCGCGCCACAAAAAUCGAAUGUAUGGGCGACUGCGGUUGCGGGCCAGCAUGCCAGAACCAGCGCUUCCAACAACGAGAAUAUGCCCCGGUGGCAGUGAUCAAGACAGAAAAGAAAGGGUUUGGUCUUCGCGCGGAGGCCGAUUUGCGACCGCAUCAGUUUAUCUUCGAGUAUGUGGGCGAAGUUAUCAACGAAGGGCAAUUUCGCCGCCGUAUGCGACAAUAUGAUGAGGAGGGCAUCAAGCACUUUUACUUCAUGUCUCUCAGUAAAGGUGAAUUCGUUGACGCGACAAAGAAAGGCAACCUAGGUCGUUUUUGCAAUCACUCGUGCAACCCAAAUUGUUAUGUCGACAAAUGGGUGGUCGGGGAGAAGCUGCGAAUGGGCAUUUUUGCUGAACGACACAUCCGAGCUGGAGAGGAACUUGUGUUCAACUACAAUGUUGACCGUUAUGGAGCCGAUCCUCAACCAUGCUACUGUGGAGAACCCAACUGCACUGGCUUCAUUGGUGGGCGAACUCAAACUGAGCGGGCGACCAAAUUAUCUCACGCCACCAUUGAGGCCUUGGGUAUCGAAGAUUCAGACGGGUGGGACACAGCUGUAGCGAAGCGGCCGCGCAAGAAGAAGAUGGGCGAGGAUGAUGAAGAGUAUGUGGACAGUGUUCAGCCCAAAUCCCUGGAUGAGAAUGGGGUCACUAAAGUCAUGGCUGCUUUGAUGCAGUGCAAGGAGAAGUGGAUCGCUGUCAAAUUACUGGGUCGCAUUCAGCGCUGUGAAGAUGAGCGGGUUUCAAACCGCGUGGUCAAAAUGCAUGGCUAUCAGAUUCUGAAUUCACAACUCAGCAUGUGGAAGGAAGAUUUCAACGUGGUCCUGCAGAUUCUGGAUAUCCUAGACAGGUUCCCACGUCUGACGAGGAACAAGAUCCUCGACUCCAAGAUUGAGUCGACCAUUCAGCCCUUGACCGGUUGCGGGGAUGAGCGUGUCGAGAUGAAGGCAGCCAUAUUGCUACAGGUCUGGUCCACGCUUGAAGUAGGCUACCGCAUUCCUCGAAUGAAAAGGGACCCCAAUGCCACGCCGCAGGCGAUCAGUCAGUUCGAGCGCCGUGAGACUACCCGUGACGAGCGACGGCGGUCCAAAUCUCGGUCCCGAUCAAGGUCCAGAUCCAUUGACGCACCUCGCGGUCCAGCUGCUCAACGAGCAGGCCACAUCCCGAGAGGUCCCCUCCACAACGGACCUCGGCCCUUCCGUCGUCAAUUUAACCCUCUUCCUCCGGGAUGGUUCGCGGCUGAUUCUAACGGAAGGACAUACUUCUACUCGUCUCGGGGUGAGGUGACUUGGACACGCCCGACCGUGCCCGCGUCCCAACCAGGCCCGCCAGCGAAGGAAUCGCGGGACAAGGCAUUGCAGGAUAUCAUUGACGGUAUCAUGAACGCUAAGGAGAUUACACCUAAGGAAAAAUCUGGCACACCGGCCACCCCGCAGACCUCCAAGGCAACACCAGACCAGAAAGAGGGCCAGGAGAAGUGGCGGAGUUUGAGUGAGGAAAAACGGAAAAAGAUUUACGAAAACACGCUGUUUCCCCACGUCAAGUACGUGGUAGACAAGUUCAAGCACAAGCUUCCCAAAGAUGAUCUGAAGCGUUAUGCUAAAGAUGUUGCCAAGAAACUCGUCAACUCGGACUUCAAGAACAAUCGUGUCGAAGAUCCUACCAAGAUCGAUGAAAAGCAGCAAAAGAAAGUCAAGAACUUCUGCAAGGAAUUCUUCGAUAAGGCUGUCGUAAAGCACAGGGCCCACGAGGAGCGCAAGGCAGAACGGCAAUCAAAGGAAGCACAUUUGAAACCAGCCGUCGCGACUGCUGCUGGCCCGGCGGAGGAUGAUCCUGACGUGAGAAUGUCGGAUGAUGAAGACGACCAUGACGGGCCAGCGCAGGAGGAAGACAUGGACAUGCUUUUAGUAGGGGAGACGCAAGGGAUUCUCAAGCGGAAGAGGGAAGAAGACAUGACUACCGGCGACGGCAGCGCGACCGAUUUCACCACGCCGUCUUCAUCCAAACGACAACGUUCUUCCACCCCGCCUCCGCCUCCGCCUCCACCUAUGAGCCCUGGAAACGAUCUGGAAGAUGACCAAGACGAAUAUAAGCAACAGACCCUGAGUGGCGACGAUGCGAACAUGAAGGGAGAGAGCGCCGAGCCCACUCCGCCCCCUGCGCCUCCUCCCCCUCCAUCACCACCACCACUCCUUGAACAAGACCGUCACAACGAGGGGGAAGGGAAUCAGUUCCAAACAUCACAGAUUGGCAUUGAAGGACGUGUAUAGCAAUAUCUCAAGGGGGGCGGGGACGGGGACGGGGACGGGAACGGGGACGGGGACGGGGCCCAUAAUUGUUGGCUCAAUCGCUAUUCCGUUGGAACUGCCAAUCAGCCAUGGAUUUCUUUUUCAUGUCGUUUUCAUAGCAACAGCAUCCAGAUCGGUGUUUUUUGGAGUUGGCAGACCUUGGGCGCUAUUCUCUCUUUCUCUCUCUAUAUCCACGAUCAUCAUUCUAUCUUUUUUUCUUUCUCUCUUUUUGCUCAUUUUUAAUCUUCUUCACAGUCACUUUUUUGAUGGCUGGUCUUAAACCCCCCC